AUGGCGAGGUAUUGCUUUGUUUUUGCUUUAGGAUACCUCACUGUGUGCCAAAUCACUAGAGUCUAUAUCUUUGAUUAUGGACAGUAUUCUGCUGAUUUUUCUGGUCCAAUGAUGAUCAUUACACAGAAGAUCACUAGUUUGGCGUUUGAGAUUCAUGAUGGAAUGUUUCGAAAAAAUGAAGAUUUGACUCCAUCACAGAGGUGCUUGGCUGUAAGACGCAUGCCAAGCCUACUGGAGUAUUUAAGUUACAACUGUAACUUCAUGGGUAUCCUGGCAGGCCCAUUAUGCUCUUACAAAGACUAUAUUACCUUCAUUGAAGGAAGAUCAUACCAACUGCAACAGUCUGAAGCAAAUGGGAAGGAAGAUACAAAAUACGAACAAACAGAUCCCUCUCCAAAUAUAGCUGUGGCACAGAAACUCUUAAUCUGUGGACUGUCCUUAUUAUUUCACAUGACUAUUACAAAAACUUUACCUGUGGAAUACAACAUUGAUGAUAACUUCAGAGCUACAGCAUCAUGGCCUGUAAGGGUUUUCUACCUAUAUAUGUCUCUUAUGGCUGCCAGACCCAAGUAUUAUUUUGCAUGGACGUUAGCAGAUGCAAUUAAUAAUGCCGCAGGGUUUGGCUUUAGAGGUUAUGAUAAAAAUGGAGCUACACGUUGGGAUCUAGUAUCAAACCUGAGAAUCCAGCAAAUAGAGUUUUCCACAAGUUUCAAGAUGUUUCUUGAUAACUGGAAUAUUCAAACAGCUCUUUGGCUUAAAAGAGUCUGCUAUGAGCGAGCCACCUUCAGCCCAACAAUCCAAACCUUCAUUCUUUCUGCCAUCUGGCAUGGGGUAUACCCAGGAUAUUAUAUAACAUUUUUAACAGGAAUACUAAUGACGCUAGCAGCACGAGCUGUAAGAAACAAUAUCAGACACUAUUUUGUUGAAUCUCCUACAGUUAAACUAUGUUAUGAUAUUGUAACGUGGAUGGCAACUCAACUAGCAAUAAGUUACACAGUUGUGCCAUUUGUACUGCUCUCUGUAAAACCUUCUUUCACCUUUUACAGCUCCUGCUAUUUCUGUCUUCAUAUUGCCAGCAUCUUGGUGGUGUUGGUAUUUCCAUUGAAAAGAACUCAAAAAGGAAGUAAAAAGCAUGAAAACAUCCAGCCUGUGCGGUCCAAAACACUAGAAGAAGAAAAUGUUUUGCAAAAGAACAGUUAUUCCACAACAAAUAACAGUUUCAAUCAGAAACAAGAAAUUACCUGCAGAUAUCAAGCACUAAAACAGUGAUUGAGAAAUACUAUGAUGAAUAUAUUUUGUAUGUUUUCAGAAACCCAUUUUUAGCACCUUUUAAAGGGGUUUGUAUUUGUUUGCAAAGAUGUUUAGUAAGAAAAGAAUGCAUUACCUAGGAAAAUCACACACAAUAGCAAGACUGGAAACAAAGCAGAUUAACCCCUCCCAUGCCAUGUCCCUGUGGGUCACGCCUUAUAUGAAGAUAUUACCAUUAUUUCAAUGGGCACUCAGGACUUGCAACGUAUGUCCAUAGGGUCAUAUGUGUGCCCCUUGCUGAAUGUACGUUGUGUAUCCCAAGGCACUGAUGGAGUGGAAAAAAAAAUGUGUCAGUCUAGGAUUAACAAACGGAAA